CCGACUCCCACCUCCCAUGCCAGACGCGUACUGACAGCCAAACCCAUUGCGUUCGUCCGCCCCGCCCGCCAUUGCAGCGAAGCCCCUCGGAUUGGUUCCUCGCCGCGGCGCCCGUCGAUCGACCACCAACCGGUCCGCAUGCGCGCCCGUGCAUGAAUCCUCCUGGCUCUGUUGCCUUUGUUAAUCUGAUGGUUGCCAGCUGGAGCGGAUAAGCUGCUGCUCCCGUCUGCCGGUUCUGCGCGCGCUCGCUCGCGAUCGAGCUUUGCUUAUGAUCAUCUAGCCACCAGCGAGAGGGGAUCGGUCGCUCCGCAAGAUCGGAGGAAGAGACGGAACGGAACCGCGCGCUGAACCGAAGAACGCGCCCCACGUUACAGUUUCAGGUACUGAAACGCCAAAAUGGUUAAUUUCGGUAAGAGAUUGAUGGCAGACCAUCUGGAGGAGUGGAGAGAAUACUAUAUUAACUACAAGAUGAUGAAGAAAAAGGUAAAACAGUAUGUUCAGCAGACCCAAACUGGUGGUAAAAACCGCGAACAAGUUCUUAAGGAGUUUUCAAGGGUGCUCGAUGACCAGAUUGAAAAGAUUGUUCUCUUUCUUCUGCAACAACAAGGUCAUCUUGCUAGCAGGAUCGAGGAUUUGGGAGAACAGCGUGCCGCGCUUAUGGAACAGUCUGAUAUAUCCCAGAUUUGUCAGCUACGAGAGGCUUACAGGGAAGUUGGAUAUGAUCUUGUGAAGCUCCUUAGGUUUCUUGAUAUCAAUGCUACUGGAAUCCGGAAGAUACUUAAGAAGUUUGAUAAGCGCUUUGGUUAUAAGUUUACAGAUUAUUACGUCUCUACUCGGGCAAAUCAUCCUUAUUCUCAGCUUCAGCAGAUCUUCAAGCAAGUGGGCGUCGUGGCCGUAGUUGGCGCUUUGUCACGCAACCUUGCAUAUCUGCAGGAUAAUCGAGGAAGUUUUUCAUCCAUCUAUGAUCAUCCAUCACUAACUAUCAAGGACCCUGUCAUAGAACAAAUAAAUCAUUCAGUACAAAAACUCACGCACUCCACAAACUUCCUGCAAUUCUUAGGACAACACGCACUUAUCGUGGCGGAGGAUAUGCAUAGUGGCUCUGAUCUAGUUGACGACCAGAGCUACCACUUCCUGUCGUUACUGCUCAACUUAGUGAAUACAUUUCUGUAUAUGGUGAACACAUAUAUCAUCGUGCCAACUGCAGAUGACUAUUCAGUAAGCCUCGGCGCCGCAGCGACUGUCUGUGGUGUCAUUAUCGGAUCGAUGGCAGUUGCUCAAAUCUUCUCCUCAGUAUACUUCAGUGCCUGGUCGAAUAAGUCAUACUUCAGACCCCUCGUAUUCAGCAGCAUCAUGUUAUUUCUGGGGAACCUGCUGUAUGCUUUGGCGUAUGAUCUGAAUUCACUGACUGCUCUUAUUGUUGGCCGGCUGCUGUGUGGCUUGGGUUCUGCCAGAGCUGUGAACCGUCGGUACAUCAGCGACUGCGUACCUCUGAAAACCAGACUGCAGGCAUCUGCAGGGUUUGUCAGUGCUAGCGCUCUUGGAAUGGCAUGCGGUCCUGCUCUUGCAGGUUUGCUGCAGACAAAAUUUAGGAUCUAUGGUCUCACAUUCAAUCAGAACACCUUACCUGGGUGGGUCAUGUGCCUUGCUUGGCUUGCAUAUUUGUUCUGGUUGUGGAUUUCAUUCAAAGAGCCGGAUCACAUUGCUACAGAUAAUUCUGUCAACACGCAGUCAUCUGGUUCUGCUCAUCGAGUAAGUGGAAAUUUGGAGGAUGGCCUAGGACAACCUUUGCUCCUGGAUGCAAAUGAGAGACAAGAUGAGGAUGUUGAGGACAAUGACGACAACGAAGAAGAUCCUGAAGAAUCUCAUAAACCCGCAACAUCGCUUGCUGCAGCAUACAGAUUGCUAACGCCAUCUGUGAAGGUUCAGUUACUGAUCUACUUCAUGCUCAAGUUUGCCAUGGAAAUUCUACUCUCGGAGUCAAGUGUUGUCACCACAUUCUACUUCAACUGGACAACUAGUACCGUGGCAAUCUUUUUAGCAGUUCUUGGACUGACCGUUCUUCCAGUUAAUGUCAUCGUCGGAAGCUAUGUCACCAACUUGUUUCAGGACAGGCAAAUUCUUGUGGCCUCUGAAAUCAUGGUGUUGAUCGGCAUAGUCAUGAGCUUCUGUUUCACCCCACACUACUCCGUCCCACAAUACGUCACGUCAGCUCUCAUCACGUUCGUAUUCGCCGAGGUUCUCGAAGGAGUCAACCUGUCGCUCCUCUCCCGCGUGAUGUCGUCGAGGCUCUCCCGCGGGACCUACAACGGCGGGCUGCUCUCGACGGAGGCCGGCACGCUGGCCCGCGUCGCCGCGGACAUGACGAUCACCGCGGCCGGUAAUCUGGGGCAGAGUCGCCUGCUGAAUGUCACCCUGCUGCCCUCCUUGGUGAUCUGUGUGUCCUCCAUCGUCGCGACGUUCUGCACUUACAACUCACUCUACUGAUGGCCGAUGAACCGCCUCUCGUUUUUGUUGAGCUGUGUAGCUGCUAGAUCGCGUCUUGCAAUGACGCUGUAAAUUUCAGGCUGCUACUGCUGUAAGCUGCGAAUGGUUGUAACCUUGCAACAGUGAGCCUGCAGUGUUGCAACCUUGCAACUCACUCGACUGAAGUCUGCAGUGAGCCUGCAGUGCUGCAACCUUGCAACAGUUGUAACCCGACACGGACUUGUUAAAUAAAUUGGCUUAUUGAUGUAAUGCUUCAAACACGAGAGAUUACAUUGGCUGCAAGUUUGGACUAAGCGCAGCAGGUUCA